ACUAUGGAGUGGGGCAAUUACUCCAUGUACGCCGACUUCGUCCUCCUGGGCGUGUUCAGCAGUACGCGAUUUCUCUGGCUCUUCUUCACCCUCAUUCUCCUGCUCUUCGUGGUAUCCAUUGCCAGCAACGCUGUCAUGAUCCUCCUCAUCCACGUGGAUGCCGGCCUGCACACGCCCAUGUACUUCCUGCUCAGCCAGCUCUCCCUCAUGGACAUCCUGUACAUCUCCACCAUCGUGCCCAAAAUGCUGGCUGACCAGGCCACGGGCCAGAGGACCAUUUCCUUUGCAGGAUGCACUGCCCAGAACUUCCUCUACUUUACUUUAGCAGGGGCUGAAUCUUUCCUCCUGGGCCUUAUGUCCUACGACCGCUAUGUCGCCAUCUGCCACCCUCUGCGCUACCCGGUCCUCAUGAGCCGCAAGAUCUGCUUGUUGAUCGUGGCAGCAGCCUGGCUGGGAGGCUCUGCAGACGGCUUUCUGCUCACCCCAGUCAUCAUGCAGUUUCCUUUCUGUGCCUCUCGAGAAAUCAACCACUUCUUCUGCGAGGUUCCUGCCCUGCUGAAGCUCUCCUGUACGGACACCUCCAACUUCCAGACAGCCAUGUAUAUCUGCUGCAUUCUUAUGCUCCUCAUACCUUUCUCUGUCAUUUCAGCCUCCUACACGAGGAUUCUCAUCGCAGUUUGCAAGAUGAGUGAGGCAGGGGGGAGGCAAAAGGCCAUGGCCACCUGCUCCUCACACAUGGUGGUGGUCAGCCUCAUCUACGGGGCUGCCAUGUACACGUACGUGCUGCCUCCCUCCUACCACACCCCUGCGAAGGACAAAGUUGUGUCUGUCUUCUACACCAUCCUCACCCCCAUCCUCAACCCUCUCAUCUAUAGCCUCAGGAACAAGGAUGUCACAGGGGCCCUGAAGAAGGCCGUGAGGAGGCUUCUAUUCUCAGAGAAAGUAACUGCUUUCUGA